AUGAGUGUGGUGAUUGCAUUCCUAGAUGUUAAGAAAGUUGUAUACAUUGUUAUAAUGGUUAAUGCUUUGCUUUGCGCAGAACAAUAUGAACUUUAUAAGGAUCGAUGCUUGUUAAUUUAGCAAUGUUAAAUAGGUUUGUAUUUGAAUUAAGAGUUAUAAAUUUGCUAAUCUUCAUGUGGUGAUGGAUAUGUAACUGAAUGGGAAUAAUGCGAUGAUUAAAAUAUGGAAUAAUUUGAUGGUUGCUAUUAGUGCAAGUAUGAAUGUGAUGAUAAUUGCAUCGAAUGCAUAUAAGGCGAAUGCUUUCAAUGUUCUUAAGAAUUUAAUAUAGUCGAGAAUAAAUGCUUAUCAAAAUGUGAAGACACAUGCCUGAAUUGUGUUUAAGGAGGAUGUUAGUUAUGCAGUAGUGGAUAUUUCUUGAAUGAAUAUUUCAUUUGCGUAAAAAUAGGAUGUGAAUACGAUUUUAGUUGUACUUCACACUGUGGAAAUGGCAUAUUAGAAGAUAUGGAAUAGUGUGAUGAUUAGAAUCUAUUUAAUGAUGAUGGUUGUAACAAUUAUUGUGAAUAAACUUGUGAUGUUAAUUGUACAAGUUGUAUUGAUGGUGUUUGUUUUGAAUGUAAAAAAGGGUGGAAAUUGGGUUUAUACCUAUGUGAUCCAAUUUGUGGAGACUCAUUUGUUUUUGGAAAUGAAGAAUGCGAUGACGGAAAUUAGACUAAUUUUGAUGGGUGUUUCUAAUGUAAAUACUAAUGUUCUCAAUAUUGUGAAAAUUGCUUGAAUGGAAUAUGUCAAUCUUGUUAGCCUAAUUAUGAAUUUGAUUAAUUCAGUAAUUCUUGCAAACCAAUUCAACCCUUGCUUACAAUAAAUGAAUAGCCGAAUUGUAAAAUAUUAAAUAAUAACUAAUGCAUAUUUUGUUAACAGGGAUAUCUUGAUUCAUUUAAAAACUUAUGUAUAAUUGAUUUUAAUAUGAAUAAAUGCCCUAAAAAUUGUAGGAAAUGUGUGCUUUCCAAAUGUUUAGAAUGUGAAUUUGGAUAUUAUGGUAACAAGUGUAUGCCUAAAUGUGGAGAUGGUAUUAUUGUUUUAGAAGAGGAAUGUGACGACGGAAAGGAAUUCUAAUUAGAUACUUGUUUACAUUGUAAAUAACAAUGUCUUCAAUAUUGUAAGACCUGUGUUUAUGGAGUUUGUACAAAUUGCAUUUCCGGCUUCUAUUUGGAUAUUGUAAGUAAUUCAUGUAACUCUGUUUGCAAUGAUAAGAUACAAGCAAUGGAUGAAGUUUGCGAUGAUGGCAAUGACUUGAAAUAUGAUGGUUGUUACUAGUGUAAAUAUUAAUGCCAAAUGGAGUGUUUAGAUUGCUAAUUUGGAAAGUGUACAUUAUGUGAACCACCUUUAAUACUAACAAACGAUAUUUGUGCAUAACUAAAUUUAUGUGAUAAUUUAAAAGGAUUAUAUUAAGAUAAUAAUGGUAUCGAUUGUUUGCCACAAUGUGGAGAUGGUAUUGUUGCAGGCAAUGAAUUUUGUGAUGAUAAGAAUGAUGUUCCUUUUGAUGGAUGUUAUGAAUGCAAAUUUUAAUGUUCAUUAUAAUGUCUAAUAUGCAACAAAGGGGAAUGUUUUUAAUGCUACAAUGACUAUACCUUAUAAAAUAACUAAUGUUCGUUCUAUAACAAUACAAGUAGCAAUGGUUAAAAUCCUGAAUAGUUGUCAUUAAAUGAAGAUAUGGUAUGCAGAGGAUAUGAAUGUGUAUAUUCUAAAAAACCCAGGAUGAAACUAUCUUAUAAAAUGUAAUCCUUUGCUCUAUAGUAUGUUGAGAUUACGUUUGAUUAAGAAGUCAAAUUUAGAGAUUAGGUUUAAAAAGGCAAAAAUCUAUUUAACAUAAGCAUUAAUGACAUAGAUUCUCAGUAUUAUAAUAUCACAAUCAAUUCAAUUUAAGAUAUCUCAUUUGAUCUUUAAUAUGCUUAGUAUUAGGUUUAAGUUGAAUUAUUUUUACAGCUUUCAACAAAACCAGUUCUUUUAGUUUAGUUGAAUCAAGAAAUUAUUAAUGGAAAUAAUUAAACACUUUUUCAAAGUAAUUAAUCAAUUUCUCUAUAAACACCAAAAAUAAUGUCUGAAUAAUUAAAAUAAGUAUCUAUUUAUGCUUAAUAAUCCAAUAAUGCAUUUAUGAUUGGAGCAAUAUUAAUUUGUAUAAUAUCUUUAGUUUCUGGUGAAAGUUCUUUUGUUGUUGAAACCUUGAAUUUAUUGUAAUAUCAAUCUUUUUUAAGAUUUAUUAAUGUUGAGUAUCCUGAAAACCUCUAUAUAUAUUUUUAAGCAUAAGAAUUGCUAUCUAUAUCAUCUUAUUUACAACUAUUUUAAAUUGAUGAUUAUUUAAAUUUAAUCACAAGAAAAGAAAAAUAAAUUGAUCUAAACGGAAAAUUUUAAUAAUAUAAUGUAGAAGCUGAUCUUUUUACCAAUAUUUUACCGCAAUUAAUUUAAUGUUUAGUUUUGGUAAUACUACUUUAUUUUGCAGAAAAUCUUUAUAAUAUACUUUUUAGAUUAAGUAAAUAUUUGAGACAUCUUGUACAUGAAAAAACAUUAUAAUCAAAAAAUUUUAUAUAUAAUGAUUAAUUUAAUACUGGUUUGCAAAAAUUGCAUUCAAAUCAUUGA